ACUCCAAUUUGAAUGAGUACUUGUACACGAUGAUUAGCAGACGCCGUGACACCCCACGCCGCACCUUGCUGGCCAGAGGCGGCCCAGGACCGUUACUGGGUCGACAGAGGCGGCACAGUCGCCUAGUCACUAGUCAGUUCAGUUGUGUUCCUUCGCGGGUGUAGUGCGGUGCAUGUGCGUACGUGAGGCAGAGAUAUGCGGUGGCAACUCGUCCUGGCGCUCCUUCUGGGGCUGACGAGCCGAGUUUGUCAAAGCACAUGUGUUUUCGAAUCAGACUUUGGUUUCACGUUAAACUGUGCUUUUAAAAAAUCUGGAAUAUUCCGAGUGAGAAAUCUUGGCGGGGUCAAAGGAUACGUCGGACUCGGGUUCAGUGUUGGCGAUGAACUCGGAUUCCGGCAAUCACUGUCGACUCUGGAGAGCAAUCGGCGGCGGUCCACGGACACUCAGGCUGCUCCCAACAUCGUCACCGCCGACAGCGCAGAGAUAGCAAAAACAAAUGCGGAGGGCCGCAUGCACAACGGAAGGGUGAAAGGUCUGCAAGGGUCUCGAGUAGUGCCGCCAUUCAGACCACUGCCCCCCGCUUCACCGAGCGCUGUGCGAGCGAGUGCCGCAAUCCACAACAUGCGCGCCCCUUCGCUCUCCCAACAGCCUGUGGUAGUGGUUCCUGCCUUCCAGGCAUUGCCUCAGUCCAUCGUGCAGGCAGCCAACUCCCCCAUGGCUCCUCGACAACCCGCCCCGCAGGCCUUCCAGAGUGCCUUACAGAUGGCAAACAGACGUUUCCAGGUUGUUGUGCCCGAUAUGCCGUCCUCAAAUGCUCUACCAUCAAGCAUGGCAAAGCCAGAAAAUGCUGUGCCUGAGAACACAUUGACAGUGCGCACCCUCCAGUCACCCCCGCCACAGAGCAAACCUACCGUGAUUUCCACAGUUGACAUCCACGCGCCUAACCCCAUGUUGUUGGGGCACUCAAUCUCCAGCUUGGCUCAGGCGUCCAACAUCAGUGUGGAGACACUAGCAGCUGCCAUCAAGUUAAAGCAGGAGCAGCUGCGGGUAUCCAUCACCACCACCACGACCACGACCACAACCAGCACGACACCACAACCCGUCGUGACCAGACCGUCGACCGUCAAGCCCCGCUAUUCGCUCGCGGGCCCCAGCAAAGUCAUGAAUGCCCCCAAAGAGUAUUACCCUGUGGCCUACGAUAAGAACUACGACGACAACUUCACGUCCAAGGUAGAGUUGCCUGACACCUCCUUCAGCUGUGGCGACCAGAAGCAUUUCCCUGGCCUCUAUGCUGACGAGGACCUGGGAUGCAUGGUAUUCCACGUGUGUGCGUUCACAGACGAUGGUCUGGUGAUGAAGAGUUUCCUGUGCCCAGAGUCCACGCUGUUCGACCAGACUAUCCUCAAGUGCAACUGGUGGUUCUACGUGGACUGUAAAUCCUCUCGCAAGCUUUACGACAGCAACAUCCCCAUCUCCAAGAGCUAUCAACUGAUGAAAGCUCUGGCAUUCUUCUCCACCUAUCGCAACCAGACCGCCAACGCUACGUGAGCCUGCGCCUGAGCGACUCUAAGCCGUCUUGUGAUAAAACCUCACGAAUGAUUCCUUACACUUGCUCCUAUGGAGAAAAUCAAUUCAUAAGGACGGAUCGGGCGAAAAAAUUACAAGUCCCGCAACACUGUGCAAGUAGCAAGUCUUAUCUUCAUUUCCAUACUUUCAAAAACCAUUAUUGUGAAUCCUCGGCCAACUGACUCUUCCCCCACCUCAUCUAGUGUAACCGAUAAGUUGUACAUAGAGUUUCAUUCCUGCAAAGAGUAAGCUGUUAAUAGGAACAUGCAGUGUUGACACAGUUAGUUAUCACGUCCAGUCCUCUCUCUACAUAUCAUAGUAUUAUAUAUACAUAUAUAAAUCCUGUAUUAUAAGUUUUAACUGUUUAUUGCUACUCAGUUGAGCCCUAUUCAAAGUAAGUCAGCCAUUUUACUAUUUAAUGAUUUGUAGUUUGAAGUAAAAAGUUAUUGUACAUUUGAUUCCUUGGAUGUCUUCAAUAUUUAUUUAUUACAUAGGUCCCGAAUACUUUCUUUUAUACAUAUACAUUAUAAUUUAUUUUCGAAGUUAACAGUAAAAUUAUAUCCAAAUUAUAAUACAAAUAACUAAUUCAUUGACUGUCGUAUUUACUUAAACUAUUAUAAAAUUCGUUACCUAAUAUUGGAAACAAGAAAAAUGUACUUUUCAACAAUUCCAGAAAUUAAUAAACUAAAAUAUCAUUAAUAAAUAACUUUAAAUUAAUAUUUCUGUCAAUAUUUUUUACAUAUUUAAUGAAACCUUAAUACAAUAUAUUUAGUUUAUGUAUUAUAGUUAACAAGGAAUGUUGAUAUACAGUGUCCCGUAACUCUCUGGAAAAAGAUACACCACGUUAUUGCUCAGGUCAAGUCGAAUACAUUUCACCAUAUAAACAUGGGUCUACGAUGCUUAGUUUCCCAUCUGUCUGUCUGUAUGUGUUUUACGACCUUUAAUAUUUACAAAAUUGGUGGCCAUUACAACUGUGUAACUUUGAUUAUCUUGAAAACCAGCAAUGUUUCUCAACACCAAAUUUAUUAAAUCUAAUAAAUGAUCGAUUUAGAGCAGAUUUACUGUGAUAAAACAUGGCCCACAUUGAAGUUCACAGCGAAUAGCCAACAAUACAAAAACUGUAUAAACGGCAGCUCCAUAAUGUCUAAUGACUUUUGAUACUUUUUACGCAUUAUGAUCAAAAAAAUACACACAUUUCAGGCUUACUUAAUGAUAGUGUAGCGUCAAAUAUUUAAUCUCCAAUUAAUUUAUUUUAAGGUCUGUUUCAUAGGAUUUAAUUCUUUACUAAAAUUAAGCCACACAAUAAUCAGCUGUAUUUCCCAUUAAACAGCUGAUUUUUGCUAUUUCCAAUAAAUUAUAAAAACGUUGUUUCUGAACAUUGCUGUAAGAUUGGGCUAGUUGUUUAUUGUAAAUAACUAGUUGCUUAUUAGACAACAGUUAACUUAGAUAAAGUAACCUUUAUUUCGUUCUUUUAAUAGUUAAAUAAGAAGUUUAUUUGUAUAUGUUACUGUUCAUAAAGAUGUUUGUUUCUGUUAAUACAUUUAUUGCAAUACCACUAUUACUUUUUUAUUUAUUUACAUAAAAAUAAAGUUGCUUACUAACCUUAAAAUAAACGACCUCGGAUCUAAGUGCAAUAGUCAUAAGAUAUUCUGGAUCUGCUCUUUAUUACAUUUGUAUUGUUGGCUAUUCGCUGAGAACCUCAAUUGUUACAGUAUAUGCUCAAAUCAGUUUUUUAUCAUUCGGUUUAAACAAAUUUUAUACUAUUAGAUUUGUGAUCAAAUCAUCUAAAAAUGUUAUUCUUAUAAUACGUAAGAACAAUAUUGUUGGUUUUGAAGAUAUUUAAAGUUAAAAAGUUGUAAGGCCCACCAUUUUGAAAAUAUUGAAGAUAAUAUCAUAUUUUUCAGUUACUAAUCUUGUUAUUAUAAACAUUUGACCAAAUUUUGGUAUAAUUUAAUUUAUUAAUUUAAAAAUAUUACUUUUUUAAACAAGAAACAUAUACAGACAGGCAGAUGGGCACUAAGCAUGCCCAUGUUUAUACGGUAUAAUGUAUUUGUCUUGACCUGAGAACUAACGUCAUAUACUUUUGUCCAGAGACGUACAGGACACCCUGUCUAACGAUGUAUAUUAUUAUUGUUUAAUUACAAUGAAGUGCUCAUUUAUAGGUUGUUCAAUGUGUCAAAUACUUGUAUUAUCGAAGUAUAGUAAUUUGUGUAAAUAUUGUACAUAGAUCUAAGAGUUUAACUAUUUUGCCCUAAUCUACGUGUACAGUGUACGAUAUAUUAUUGUUAUAUUGUUACGAUAAAAUAAUAGCUCAAUUAGUACUUGAGUUGUAUUAAUAUUAUUUUUAUAACAAUAAACAAUACCAAAUAGUUA